AUGGCAGAACGGGAUUUGGGUAAACUCAAAUACUUCCUUGGGAUAGAAAUUUCUCGCUCUCCGGAGGGAUUGUUUCUCUCUCAAAGGAAGUAUACUCUUGACCUUUUACAUGAGACAGGUAAGAUAGGUGCCAAGCCAGUGUCCACACCACUUGAAGAAGGCUACCAGGUCAAGCGAAAGGGGGAGAAGCCAACACCUGGUGCUCCGGUUCCCAAGUCGCACCAACCAUACGAAGAUGUGGGACGCUAUCGAAGACUGGUGGGCAAGCUAAUCUAUCUCACGAUCACGAGGCCAGACAUUUGCUAUGCGGUGAACCAAGUUAGUCAACACAUGAAAGCUCCAACGAACUUUGACUGGCAAACACUUGAGCGGAUUCUAUGUUAUCUCAAGGGUAGUCCAGGGCAAGGUAUUUGGAUGGGAAAGAACAACAACACGGAACUCGUCGGCUACUAUGAUGCAGACUACGCUAGUGAUACAAUAGAUAGGAGAUCUACGACAGGGUAUUGUACGUUUGUUGGAGGGAACUUAGUAACCUGGAAGUCGAAGAAACAGAAAGUUGUGUCCCAAUCAAGUGCCGAGUCGGAAUAUAGGGCUAUGAAGAAGCUAACCAACGAGCUAACAUGGCUCAAAGGCCUUCUUAAGGAUCUUGGAGUGGAGUCUGAUCAACCAAUCACCAUGCAUUGUGACAAUAAGGCGGCGAUACACAUAGCAACCAACUCGGUCUUCCACGAAAGGACUAAGCAUAUUGAGGUCGAUUGUCAUAAGGUACGAGAAAAGAUUGAAGAAGGUGUUGUCUUGCCGUGUUAUACACCGAGCAAAGACCAAUUGGCGGACAUCUUCACCAAAGCCACGAGCUCUCAGAUUUACGAAUACAUCUCCAGCAAGCUUGGACUAGUUGAUCCAACUCAUCCGUGA